UGCCCCUGUUAGCUAGAGGCCUGGAGGGGCCUAAAAGCAGUGGAAAAUGCAGAAAACAUUGGGUUCUUGCCCUGCCUCCCCGACUCUACUCUGAUAACCAAUCCUUUCCCAAUCCUCUUCCCACCUUCUCCCAGACACGGCAAAAACCCAUAGAAAAUCAUUUUUAUACGUAUCCACUGGUGAUGCUGAAGAAGACAGUGUAGAAUUGAAGGGAAGGUUGUAAUCGAGAAGAGGCCAAACUGUCAAGGAAGAGUCAGGCUCUCCUGUUUUAGCCUCUCUUGGGCGGAGCGAUCUCCUUCAACAGAUCUUGCUAUAAGAGGUUUUUCUCACUGUAUCUCUGAAUAUCCCAGGCCCCUUCCACCAUGGCCAGCCGGGGUGGGGGCCGGGGUCGUGGUCGGGGCCAGCUGACCUUCAACAUGGAAGCUGUGGGCAUUGGGAAGGGGGAUGCUUUGCCUCCACCCACUCUCCAACCUUCUCCACUCUUCCCCCCCCUGGAGUUCCGCCCAGUGCCUCUGCCCUCAGGAGAAGAAGGGGAAUAUGUCCUGGCGCUGAAGCAGGAGCUGCGAGGGGCUAUGAGGCAACUCCCCUACUUCAUCCGACCAGCUAUCCCUAAGAAAGAUGUGGAACGUUACUCAGACAAAUAUCAGCUGUCAGGGCCAAUUGACAGUGCCAUUGAUUGGAACCCUGAUUGGCGGCGUCUACCCCGGGAGCUAAAGAUUCGAGUGCGGAAGCUGCAGAAGGAACGGACCACCAUUCUACCUCCCAAGAGGCCUUCUAAGACCACAGAAGAUAAAGAGGAAACAAUGCACAAGUUAGAGACCUUGGAGAAGAAGGAAGAAGAAGUGACUUCAGAGGAAGAUGAGGAGAAAGAAGAAGAAGAAGAAAAAGAAGAGGAGGAGGAGGAGGACUAUGAUGAAGAAGAACAUGAAGAGGAAACUGACUACAUCAUGUCAUAUUUUGACAAUGGAGAGGACUUUGGAGGUGACAGUGAUGAUAACAUGGAUGAGGCUAUAUACUGAAGAAAAAUCCUAAGUAACAUUCAUAUCUUUAUUUGAGAUCUAGAGAAUAACUUUUAUUUAGUUUUAGGAACAAAAAAAAAAGCAUCAUUAGGCCAGAGUCCAGAUAACCUCUUUGGUCUCUGGAGACAGGAAUGGAAAAUAAUGACAGGGGCUUUAAUUCCUCCUCUUCUCCUCCUUCCCCUGCAUCAUAUCUCGUAUCUUGGGGAAAGGGGAAAGGGUCGCUGCUUUAAUCCUAGGAAGGGAAAGAAGAGCACUGAAAGAGUAAUGGGCUUGGGCCAGGCAUUUGGCUCAGCAGCAUAAGCACCUGUCUGGCAAGCGCUAGGUCCUGAGUGUGAUCCCUGAUACCAAAAAAACCCCACAAAAGUGUAAGAGUAAUGGGCUUGUUUGGGCUGAGACAGUCACACACAUUCCUUCCCAAUUUUUACAGCUUUUAUGCUUGUAAUUGGGCGUGGGAGGAGGUAAGAGUAAGAGUGGUUUUUCCCCCCUUUUUUAUUGUGGUACAUAAUAAAUUUCAUUGUGAGGCUGUUACAUAUUUUUUAAAUAAAAGUGUUUUUUAUCUA